CCACCGCUCACCACCACUCACCACCAGGUGUGCAGAGUUUCUCUAAAACCAGAGGGCGCCUGUGGUGCUCCUCUCAUAUGUUCCGUAACCUAUUUCUCGCAACAUAAGGACUCAGGCCUGCCAAAUUUCCAAGUCUUGAAACCCAGCAAAGUUGUGUUGCCUCGCUGGACACCGUCCGCAGCCUCCACCAUGGAUUCCUCAAGAGGCCCUCCAAGGGUCAAGAAUAAGGCACCAGCGCCUCAACAAAUCUCGGCCGAACAACUACUUCGAGAAGCGGUCGAUAGACAAGAGCCGGGAUUACAAGCGCCAACCCAGAGAUUCGCUGAUCUAGAAGAACUUCAUGAAUUCCAAGGCCGCAAGCGCAAGGAAUUUGAAGACUAUGUCCGACGAAACCGGGUUAAUAUGAACAACUGGAUGCGCUAUGCUCAGUGGGAACUGGAACAGAAGGAGUUCAGGAGAGCUAGGUCUGUGUUCGAACGAGCGCUCGAUGUCGACAGCACGAGUGUAGUUCUAUGGAUUCGGUACAUCGAGGCGGAAAUGAAGACGAGGAACAUCAACCAUGCUCGGAAUCUUCUCGACAGAGCCGUCACCAUCUUGCCUCGGAUCGACAAACUCUGGUACAAAUAUGUCUACAUGGAGGAAACCUUGGGCAACGUCCCUGGUACCCGACAAGUAUUUGAAAGAUGGAUGAGUUGGGAACCGGAUGAGACUGCCUGGCUGGCAUACAUCAAACUAGAGAAACGGUAUGGAGAGUAUGACCGAGCUCGAGCGAUCUACGAACGUUUCACCAUCGUCCACCCAGAACCGCGCAACUGGAUUCGCUGGGCAAAGUUUGAGGAGGAAAACGGAACGAGCCAGCUUGUCCGGGAUGUCUUUGGCGUUGCCAUUGAAUCUCUGGGUGACGAUUUCAUGGACGAAAAAUUGUUCAUCGCCUAUGCCAAGUAUGAGGCCAAGCUGAAGGAGUUUGAACGAGCCCGGGCAAUCUACAAGUACGCACUAGAUCGAUUACCGCGCUCACAGUCGGUAAAUCUGCACAAGUCAUACACGCAGUUCGAAAAGCAAUUCGGGAAUCGGGAGGGGGUCGAAGAUGUGAUCCUUGCCAAGAGGCGAGUGCAAUAUGAAGAACAGUUGAAAGGCAACCCACGCAACUAUGACGUGUGGUUUGACUUUGCGAGACUAGAAGAGACAGGUGGUGACGUGGAGCGGACCCGCGACGUGUAUGAGCGUGCGAUUGCGCAAGUCCCGCCUUCACAGGAGAAACGACACUGGCGACGGUACAUCUACCUGUGGAUUUUCUAUGCUUUAUGGGAGGAAAUGGACACCAAGGACACGGAGCGAGCGAGGCAGGUGUACCAAGAAUGCCUCAAGUUGAUUCCGCACAAGAAAUGGACGUUUGCCAAGAUCUGGAUCAUGAAGGCGCAGUUUGAAGUGCGACAGAUGCAACUACAGGCGGCCAGGAAAACGCUGGGGCAAGCAAUUGGAAUGUGUCCAAAGGACAAGCUUUUCCGAGGCUACAUUGAGCUUGAAAAACGACUCUUCGAAUUCGUCAGAUGUCGCACGCUGUUUGAGAAACAGAUUGAAUGGAACGCGUCCAAUAGCCAGGCGUGGAUUCAAUUUGCCGAGUUGGAGAGAGGUCUGGAUGAUUUGGACCGAGCUAGAGCCAUUUACGAGCUUGGGAUCGAACAGCCAACACUGGACAUGCCGGAAUUGGUGUGGAAGGCGUACAUCGACUUUGAGGAAUACGAAGAAGAAUAUGACCGGGCGCGAGCGCUAUACGAGCGACUGUUGCGCAAGACUGAUCACGUCAAGGUCUGGAUCAACUAUGCACGAUUUGAGGUGAACGUGCCUGGUGCCGACGAGGAGGAAAGUGGAGAUGAAGAAAAAGUGAGCGAGGAUGCCAAACGGCGGGCACGUCAAGUGUUUGAACGAGCACACGAGGUGUUCAAGGACAAGGAGAUGAAGGAAGAGCGGGUAGAAUUGUUGAACGCAUGGCUGUCGUUCGAGCAGACACAUGGAUCGGCGGAAGAUAUCGAGAAGAUGGAGAGGCAAAUGCCACGCAAGGUCAAGAAGAGGAGGAAGAUGGAGGAAGACCGAUUCGAGGAGUACAUCGACUACGUGUUCCCUGCGGAUGACGAGAGCGCAGCAAAGAUGUCCAAGUUGUUACAGAUGGCACACCAGUGGAAGGCGCAGCAGCAAGUCAAUGGGUCGGGAGAGUAGGUAGAUGGGAUGUGAGAGUCAUUAGUCUCUGGAGCCAUUAUUAAUCGGUAUAGCCGUGGCACUUGGAGAGUAAGAAAAGCGCAAUUUCAUGUGCAGCGAUC